UUCGUCAGAGUUGGGAGAAGUAAAACCGUUGUGGGAUCAAAGGAAAUAAUAAGAUCUAUUAUUUGUCGUGCCUCUCCAGGGGAUUUAUCAUCACAGAAUUCCAAAACAAUACCUCGUCUCCUCUCACCAUUGAUAAUGUCAGCUAAUGGGGACAGUGUGGCCGCUAUGAGGAGAAUUAGAAACGCUCUUGAACAGAAUAAGUAUCUAAUGGAAUUUUGUACAGUGGACAAUUUUUACGAGGCUAUUGGUGCUCUUUCGGAGGACCUAGAGGCUUUUGAUGGCAUUCCUUUGUUCAUAAAUGCAGAUGACUUGAAAUCCUUCGAAGGAUUAAAAAAUUCAUUUGUUAUUCUAAUCAAUGCGACAUGGCAUUUAAUACACAAACACAGAGGCCUUCUGAGACUACACGAAACUCUGAAAGAAGAGAGAAGUAGGAUAUCCAGUGAUAACAGUAGCCUCUCCAAUCAAAUAAAAAGACUGAGGGAGGUGAUUCUGAAGAAAGACAGUGCUCUGAACGAAAUGCAGGAGAGAGAACGUCAGUUACAAGUUAAAGUCAAUAAUUUAAGCCGAGAAGUGAAACGUGAAAGAGAAGAGGCGUUGAAGUUGAAGAAGCAGAUGCAAUCAAGGGAGGAUCAACAUGCCCACGAAAUACGUAGGAUCCAGCUAAGUGGAAAUAAACUUCGUGAACAAUUACAGAAGACCGUUGGGACAUGUGCACCAAGAGAAAAAUUCACAUCCACGAGCCGUCAAACAGAACAGGAGAAGAAGAUUCGUCUCUGUCAACAGACGAUAAAUCGUUUGGAGGAGAAUAAUAGUGUAAUGAUGCAAGAAAUCAAUGAUUUGAGGCAAGAAUUGGCCCUUCAUGUUAAUGGCGUAGAGCUUCAUAUGGAAUCAUCCGGACUUUGGAAUGAAACCACAACCUAGAGUUUACAAUAUGGCGACGUGCAUCAACGUUUUGAGCUUCUUGAAGAACCGGAUAUCUACACGACUCUGUGGUACUAUUUCUUCCAGUAGUAAUUAGAAAAUCAAUUGCGAUGUUUCAUUGAAUCUCAUUCAUUGAUUUUUAUCACAUUUUGUAGACUGACAUGCCUGAGUGCCUUUAUACCGUAUAUACAUUAAAAAAACAUUUUUAUAAUUAGUUGUGUUUGACGCACAUUUGCACUUGUUAAAUGCUAGGUAAAAGAUUGGCGAGAUUAUUUGAUACAAAACUAAUUAUUGUGUUGAUAAUUUUAUGAGAAAACCGGGGUUUCUCCCAGGCGUCAAUAGCCUUGUGAUUAUUCAAGAUGCCAAAAAUGUAAUAAGAAUAACGAUUCGUUGAGAUUAAGCAAUCAUGUAAAACUCAACAUGCCGAUUAAUUAAAAUACGCAGAUAUUGUAGAUUUUAUAAUAGCAUUUUCUCCCAGCAAUGAUUUACCCAAUUGAGGUUUUGAUUGAUUAUAUAAGUGUGAAUUUACACAUUGACGUAUAUACACAGUAAACAAAAUAACUAUUUU